CGGGGAAAGAGGUGUAGUGUAUUUGUUACGGGUCCUUUGCGCUUGUGCGGUGAGAAAUAUCGAGAGAGUAGACCAGAAACACAAUCACUUUUAUUUUGUAGAGCUCUCACUUGUUAGAGCUGUAUUUUAGACCCAGUUUUUACAACUUUUAGAACUGACGCGCUCUCUUCCUUUCUAUCGUCUAAAUAACGCCGUUAAUGUAUACCUACUGUGCUUCUCAGCUCAGCUCAGAUCAAUUCGACCAUCUCGACCUCAGUCCACAGUAAGAAGGCUCAAUGUUAUUCUGCACAUGGAGACUUACAGGAUGACCCAGCGGAUGUUUUGCUAGAAUUAUCUAGGCAGGAGAAGAGCUUAUCGGUGUGAUGAAGGAUCGAUUGGCUGAACUGACUGCUGGUAGGACACAAGCAGAGGAGGAUGUCGCAGUGGCAGUGGACAGAGAUGGCUUCAUGGAGAGCUUUUACAGAAGGGUGGAAGAAGUUAGAGGACUCAUUGCUAAGAUCGCCUACCAAGUGGAAGAGGUGAGGAAGAUGCACAGCAUGAUCCUGUCUGCACCCAACCCAGAUGACAGAACAAAGGAUCAACUGGAUGCACUGACCAGCGAUAUCAAAGGGAACGCCAACGUGGUGCGAACUAAACUAAAAUCCAUGGAGCAAAGUAUGCCCAAAGAUGAUGCAGUUAACAGAUCCUCUGUUGACUUCAGGAUCCAGAAAACACAGCACACAGUGCUGUCCAGGAAGUUUGUGGAGGUCAUGACCCAGUAUAAUGAGACUCAAGUGUCCUUUCGGGAAAGAAGCAAAGGAAGGAUCCAGAGACAGCUGGAGAUAACUGGAAGAGUGACCACCAAUGAAGAACUAGAGGACAUGUUAGAAAGUGGAAAUCCCUCAAUCUUCACAUCUGAUAUCAUUUCUGAUUCCCAGAUCACACGUCAGGCGCUAAAUGAGAUAGAGUCACGACACCAGGACAUCAUGCGCCUGGAGUCGAGCAUCAGAGAGCUCCAUGCGAUGUUCAUGGACAUGGCAAUGCUAGUAGAAACUCAGGGGGAUAUGGUUAACAACAUUGAGAAGAACGUCUCCAAUGCAGCCGAAUAUAUUUGUAGUGCAAAGGAAGAGACCAAAAAAGCAGUGAGAUACCAGAAAAAAUCCCGGAGGAAAUACAUUAUCCUUGCCUUUGCUCUGUUGAUCCUGCUUGCUGUCAUUGCACUAAUUGUUGGCCUGUCUGUCGGACUAACCAAACCCCCUGUAUGAGAACUACUGCGUAAGAAACAUCUCUGCCUCGCCAUUUGUGGGGUUGCAGGUUUCCUCCUUUUACUCAUCAUAAUAGUUGGGGUCUUUGAGUGAUGGAUUACAUGGUUCCCAACCUCACAGCAGUCAGCUGUAGUCAGCACCUGUAGUGAUGAAACUUGAUGAACAGCUUCAUAAUAAGAUAAUAAUGAGUCAUAACAAGUCAUUCACUAUCCAACAGCAUUACAGAGAGGUAAUCUCUUGACCGCAGUGAAGUAAGUAUGAUGUGUGUGAUCCACUUAGCACCAGUAACAUCAGACCUCAUGAUACACUGUUCUGGAGCAGUUCUAUACAGCUAGAAUAAAGCGCCCUGUCAGCACACAUCCCUUCCCGUUAGUGAUGAUGAACACUGACAGCACAUCAGAUUCAUACACUGUACAUGUAUGUUCUGUAUUGGUGCCAUUUUUUCAUGUUGGGUAUCACUUUAAGACAUUUCUAGGUCUAAUGACUUUAAAAGAAUAGUUUGACAUUUUGGGAAAUACACAUAUUUGCCUUCUUGUUAGAGUUAGAUGAGAAGAUUGAUACCACUACAUAAUAAAUAUGAAGCGAUCGCCAGUAGCCAGAUAGCUUAGCUUAGCACAAAGACUGGAAACAAAAAAAAAAACAGCUAGCCUGGCUCUGUCCAAAGGUAACAAAAAUGAAACGUUAAGGUUUAACAGGGGGUUAAAUGCCAGACUAUUUCUGGCCUUCUUGUUGUCAUUGUGAGGUUACUGGGUAACUGGCACUGCUCCAGGCACAUAAUCUCUCAUAAAACCACAAUGUGUUACCAAUUUUGUUACCUUUGGACAGAGCCAGGCUAGCUGGUUCUGGUUUACAGUCUUUGUGCUAAGCUAAGCUAAGCAAACCAGCUGCAGCUUGACAUGACAUGAAAGUGGUAUCAAUCUUCUUAUCUUACUGUUGUCAAGAAAGCGAAAAAGUCAAACUAUUGCUUUAAUAUUCAAAAGAUAUUCUCUUUAUAAAUUGAUUGUAUAAUUUGUGUUUACAUGUUCAAGUGUAUGCUCUUUAUGUUCUCUUGUCAUUUUGUAUAUUUACUGUAAUUCAUGUGGACUGAAUGCAAAACUACUACAGCUCAGGAGUCCUUUAGAAAUAGAAAAAUGUAAAAAAUGUUAUUCACUGUAAGCAUUCCUAGUUAACUGUCUCAAUCAGAAGAAUUAUUUUAUUGAAUGGAAUUCACUUCAUUCAACAACUCUAAAUCAGCAACCUUACAAAAGUGCCUUCUCGACAUCUAAUAUGAAACCUUAACUUAUUCAUUUAUAUUUAUCAUGAUUGCGGUGUGUGAUGACUGAAAUAUUUGUUGUGAAAAAAGUCAUGCUGCAAAGUAGGACUCUUGGAUGAAGUUAUUUCAAGAGCACACAUUUUCAUUUUGAUACAUUUGAUUCUUUUGUUAUUUGUUUUUAAAGUUAUAUCCUGUAUUUUAUAUUGAAACAGAAUAAUUUAGUCAUGUAAUUAAAAAAUAAAGAGUAAAGAGUC